UUAACCAAUUAUCGAGUCAUUAAUAUAUAUAUAUAUAUAUAUAUGAUUUGGUUUGGUUGCAAGAGUAACUAUCUUGAGAGAAUAUGGAGACAGAAAGGCAGCUUCAUGUUUCAAAUUCAGGGCAGCAUAAUGAAGGAACCUCUUUUUUCCAAACAUGUUUCAAUGGACUAAACACCUUAGCAGGUAUUGGGAUGCUAUCAAUGCCAUAUGCAGUUUCUCAAGGAGGGUGGCUGAGUUUUAUGCUACUAGUUAUUUUAGCCAUGAUAUGUUGGUACACAGCUUUACUUCAAGGAAGGUGUAUGAAUGAACAACCACUAAUCAAAUCCUAUGCUGACAUAGGUGAAGUUGCUUUUGGGUACAAAGGAAGAGCUGUGAUAGCCAGUUUCAUAUAUGUAGAGCUAUUUUUAGUUGCUGUGGAGCUUCUUAUAUUAGAAGGUGACAAUUUGGAGAAGUUGUUUCCAAAUAUGAGUUUGACAAUUUUUGGACUUAGAAUUGGAAGUAAAAAAGGUUUUGUGUUACUCACUGCUUUGAUAUUAUUACCAACAACUUGGUUGAGAAGCUUAGGAGCUCUGGCUUAUAUUUCUUUUGGUGGUGUAGUUUCAUCUGUUAUUUUAAUUGGUUGUGUUGUGUGGGUGGGAGAAGUUGAUGGUGUUGGGUUUAAUGAAAGAGGCAAGUUUGUAAAUUUGAGAGGCUUGUCUACUUCUAUGAGCUUUUUUGCUUUCUGUUACUGUGCUCAUGCAUUAAUGCCCACAAUAUGCAAUUCCAUGAAAGAUAGAAAGCAGUUUUCCAAGGUUUUGCUGGUUUGCUUUGCAGGAAGCACAGUUAUCUAUAUAACCAUAGCAAUGUUAGGCUACAUGAUGUUUGGAGAUAAUUUGAAGUCUCAAAUCACAUUAAAUUUACCUAUGAAUACAAUAAGUACUAAAAUAGCAAUAUAUACCACAGUAAUUAAUCCUUUCACUAAGUAUGCUAUCAUAAUUACUCCAAUAAUCAAUGCCAUUGAGAACAAAUGGCAUCUAUGCAAGAGAAGAUCUAUUAGCAUUCUCAUUAGAACAACCAUUGUGAUCAGUAGUUUAAUUAUGGCACUAAUUGUUCCCUUUUUUGGAUACAUGAUGGCGUUUAUUGGUGCUUUCUUGAGUGUGACAAUCUCAAUGAUGUUUCCUUGCCUCUGUUAUUUAAAGAUACACAAAGCUGCUAGACGAUUUGGUUUAGAGUUGAUCAUAAUCAUAGGUAUUCUUAUCAUUGGUACAUUUUUUGGAAUACAGGGCACCUACAUCUCACUUAUGCAAAUAGUAAAUCAUAUAAAGCCAUGAAGAAGGUUUAUAUGUAAGGUUUCAAUGUAAGCAUUUGUCGUUUUUUAUCAUUGUUAAGGAGUUAUUAUAAUAGUAAGUUACGAAAGUUUAGUCUUGAUUAUAUGGGCUCGGGCGCUCGGCCUACUUGUACUACUCUCUUAAUCUAGUAAUAUAAAUAUGUAGACCACAACA